AUGCUGCAGCCAAGGAUGAACUAUUUGUUGGGUUUUGUUUUACUUAUAUUAGUGGAUUCUUUUGAAGGUCAACAAUAUAAUAUACAACACACACCUAGGAUAAAGCAACAAGAUGAUAAAGAUGUUACCACUGUACUGCUGGUGGAUAGUCGUGGAAGAUCUUCUUUUGGAAGGUACCAUAACGUUAAACCUGACCUUGGUCUUAUCACCUCUACUGCCCGUACAUUCAUCCAAGAAGGCGUAACUACAGAGUACGCUACUCAAGUACUCGGUACCACACUUGACAAUGGUCGUUUAUACGCUCAUUUGCUGACCAAAAGCUCUAGAGUAUUGUACGAUGAUAACCAGUCGUCGAAAAUUCACGAAAACAUGAAUAAAAAAUGGAAUAUAAAUGAAAACGCUAUCAAUACUAGAUCAUUUAUAAAUAACAUUGAUUAUAUUUUGCCCAAUAAUGUUGCACCAGGCCAAAUAUUUUCUACCAGAAUCAAUACGGAGCCAAACAAUGAAGACAUAGCAAAUAUAACGCCAUUGGACCUAAAAUCUCCAGAAGAAGAACUAUUAAAAGAAGAAUCUUCUAACAAUUAUAGGGUGCCUUUUGACGAAAAAUUUAAAAAAAUAGUAUCUCCAGUACAAUCUAAUAUAAAAGUAUUUAAAAUUACACCAGAAGUUCCAGAUCUUACUCAAGAAAACAUAAUUGUUCACAAAGAACCCAACGAGAAGCAUCUACGAAAUAGUUUCACACCAUCUAAAGUUCGUCAAUGGGAUGAGUUACCUACAUUUACUGUUAGAAAUGAAUUUUCUCCAUCUGGACUUUCCUUCCUUGGAGAUUUACCUGAAUUUGAACAACGUACCGAACGAUCAAGAUUAACUACUCCAGCUGAACGAAAAGCUAAACUAUUGUUUAAAGCUGGACUGGCUAAACCGAAUGCGCGUGAUCUUACAUCAAUAACUUAUACCGGUUUUGCAGAUUUUACCACUACAGUUGGAGACACUGUAAUAAUAUUUUCACCUCAUACACAAAUACAAAGCAGUGUAAAAGAAAGUAAGAUAGUACCCAAGAUAACUACUACAAUCAAUCCCACUACUACUUUAUUAGAACCGCCCCUAAAAACUAGAGUACAAACAUAUUUAUCUCAAGAACCCCCAAUGGAGACUAAAACCUUUAAAGGAGCUGAGUUAAACAUGAAAACAACAAUUGCCACUAUGGUUAUCGAUAAAACAGACAGGAUUAGAGAUCCUAAGAGUCAAGUUGCUGAUGAACGGAUUAACAUGGAUGCCAAAUCUGCUGUACUUGCACACGAACAAGGAAAAGAAACAAUUAUAUUUUCACCAGAUGUUAUACAAGCUUCUGAAACUCAAAUACCAAUGUUAUCAACGCCAUCAGAUGAAGAGAUUGCUAAAAUCUUUGCUUCACUUCAAGCUCUUGAUCAAAAAUCAACUGAAGCUUUAGACACUGUGGCUUCAUCAAUUGUUGAAAGCUCUGAAGAUUCUAAAUUAGCAAAUACGGGAGGCAUAACAACAAUUUUCUUCGAUGACGAGCCUAUUGAAACUAGCUCAGUAACACAUUUAGAACAUUUAGAAGCAUCAGCUUUGCCCGACGAAGAAAAAGUGACAACUGAAGCAGAAGAAAUAUUUACCACAGUAGAUGAGGAAUUAAUAACUAGCGAAGGUUUUGCAACUACAGAAAACGUAAUUAAUACUACACCAAAUGAAAUAACAACUACUGAAAACGAAAUAGAAAGUGAAAACGAAAAGGACAUAGAUAUAGUCUGUACUGGAAAGAUUCAAAUCAUACCUACGACUGCUUACAAAACUUUAACAUAUUUAACUACAUUCUUUAUUCCUACCGAUGAUGAUACAACAACUUCCGUUAAGUCAAAUAAGGUUAUUUCAACUGAAAUAGGACUACAAACCAAAACUUGUCAAACAGUUACACCUUCUGUCUCAACAAUUGCUUCUAGUACAAGUAUACCUACUACUACCACCGAAGAAAUUGCAACCACCGAACAAAAAAUUGAAACAACUACUGAUGCAGAAACAGAAAAACCUGAAACCACGACAGAACAAGAAGCUACGACAUUUAAACAAAUAGAAACUACUACUUCCGAAAUAACAACUGAAGAAUAUCACAUAACCGAAUCAGAAUCAGAAGCUACAGAGACAACUACUGAAGAUGGUGAUGAAUUAGAAAUAAUAUACAAAACUUUAUAUACAACCUAUACGUAUUUAACAACAUACUUCCAAGAAUCUUCAUCAUCGAUCGCUAGCAGGACAGUAGUUACAACUAAUGUAAUAUCAUCUACGUUAGAUCCCAAAAUGCAAAGUUCUGUAGAUUCCGUUGAAGGAAUAAUGGAAGUUGAAGACUCUUCAACCAGAUAUAAUACUAAGACUGUAUCAUUUGAUGACUUAGCAAAUAUAACACCAUCACAAGUUCACUCCGUACAAGCAACUGCUACUGAAUCUUCAAAUAUUUUACAAGACACUGAAGCCGAAGUUGAAGAAUCGUCAAAAGCUACACCAAAUCUUGAUGACAGCAAAAUACUUGCAGAAGGAGUUAAAACAUAUUAUACAACUUAUACAUACUUUACAACUAUCUUUGUCGAUGGUGAAACUGAAAUAUCAAGCAGAACGGAAGUGUAUACUAACUAUGUAACUCCUUCUGCUUCGCACAAAGACAUUCUAAACACUAAAUCGCCAACAAUUGACGAUAGUGAGGAUUACGUAGCUAAGAAACUUAAAUUGUUAUCGAAAAUUAAACCUGAAAAUUCCUACAAUACCAUCAAUCGACAAAAAUCUUUAGUCGAUCCAAAGUAUAACGAUUUAACAUCGAAUGAUGAUAGCACAACCACAGAAAAUAAUGAAAUAUCUGAUGAUAUUUUAGAUCUAAGUGAAUACGAAACAAUAUCAACCAUGGUAACUGACGUUCGCAGCUCUACUUCUGAGGGAGAUCGAAGAAUAAUAGAUAAUGUUGAAAAAAGAAAUGUUUUAUUAGAAGACCAGAUAUUUUCUGAAUCAAAUAACGAUUCGGAAAUUAUUCCUCACCCAACUCUUCUAUUACAAACUAGCUAUACAACGUUUACCUACUUUACAACAAUGUAUCAGGGCACCACUUCCAGUAACGUAGUCAGUCGCUUAGAAACAGUUACAAACGUAGUCACACAAACUUUAGAACCUUCAAAAAUAGUUGCGACAGAUGAUCCAAAUGCUCCAGUUACCUACUUUACAACAUUCACAUAUUGGACUACAUUAUACAAAGAUGGUACUACUAAAAUCACAAGCAGAGAAGAAACCGUUACAAAUGUAGAAACAGCAUCUAUUAAAGCCACCAGUACUGUUCCGUUCAUUGAAAAAACUUCUACAAUAAAUAAUUUAGAGACAUCUAUGGUUGAAUCAGAAACGACUCAACCAUCAACCGUUGGAGAAGAUGAACUCACUACAUAUUUUACAACUUAUACUUAUUACACAACGUCUUACAUCGGAGAUAAUACAGUAUUAAAUAGCAGAUUAGAAACUGUAACCAAUGUUUUAAAUAACUCAGCAGAUAUUGAUACUAAUUAUAUUGGUAGAGCUAUUGGGUCACACGAUAAAAAUAAGGUAGAUAUUAAUGAGAAAGCUGUUGAUCGAACUACUAGCAUUAAACCCACUGGUUUAAUAUCAACAAUUUUAAACACAGUCAAAAAUAAUGGUACUACAACAUUAUUAUCAACAGAUGUUUAUGGCACUUACAUUGAUGGAUUAUAUGCCAAAGUACUUGAAAGUACUUCUAGUAUCAUUACAAGCGAAAUAAAAUCUACAUCGGUGACUACUGAAAAAUUAAAACCUACAGGUGUAGUCAGUAUUAAUAAAGGAAAAAUUGUUGACGCUGAAGGAGUCAGUACUCUAUUCUACCAAACACAAGCCGUUGGUACUUACAUAGAUAAUUUAUAUGCUCAAGUAAUUGAAAGUACCAGUUCAUUAACAGUUGAUGAAGAAAAGAAAUCUUCUCUUCCCGCUGAUUUACCUAUUGUCCAUAGGACGGGGUUAGUACGACUAAUUGAAGGUUCUAUUGUGCAGAACGACACCACUACAUUCUAUGAAUCUAAAGUAUUGGGUACCCUUAUUGAUGGACGAUAUGCACAAGUUAUACAGAGCACUUCAAGCUUUUUAGUAGGACAAAAGAGUUCUAUCAAACCCAGCGGUGCUAAUGAAAUACAUCCUGCUUCUACACAAGGUCCAGAAAAAUCAAUAACCAAUACUAAACUAGUUUCACCAUCACCAGUUGCUAUAGAAGGGUCAUUUAGUGAUGGUAAAGAUGAAGAAGAAACAACAACUGAAGAAACCGAAGAGGAGGAAGGAGAUGAAAAGGAUCCAGGAAAGAGUAAAUCAAGAUUAACGUUCCAAUCUAAAAAACGUACAUUUACACCCGCUAUUCGACCAUUUGCUUCAAGACAAAGGCCAUCAUUUGCUCCAAAACGAAAGCAAUCGGGCCAAAGUACAGCAGCUACUAUUACGAGAAGCGACUUUACUCCUACAGUAACGGCUGUUCCAGCUUCUUCAAAGGGUAAUCGAUUCGGUGGUAGAAGAUCGUCUUCAUCGUCUAGUAUUAAUCCUACAUCUUCUAGUAGCAGACGAUUUUCUAGACCGAAAACGUCAAGUUCUUCUGGAUUUGGUAGAAGAGGUAGUUCAUCCCGUAUUAACCCCACAUCGACGUUAGGGUCAAGCUCUAGAAGAGCAGGAUUUAGAACAUCUAGUGCAGGUGGUCUUCCAAACAGAUCAAGUUCACUGUUUCCAGGCAGACCCAGAAUUCGACCAACAUUAGCUUCUGGUUUAAUUAGGUCACCAAGUUCCAAUAUAGUAACCCAAAGUCCUUUAGAUGACGAAGAUAAUCUAACUACUUUAAUUACUGAAGAUCCAACUGAAGGUGGUGAAGGGGAUGAAACAACUCUUGAUGUGCAAACUACUACAGAACCAACAUCAAGGCGUAGCCAAAAUCCACUUUUAAAAUUCAGACGACCACCUUUAGCACGUACUACUCCGUCAAGAACAUCUAAAUCUGGAAAGAGUGUUACACGACCUACAACAUCAGCUACAACAAGUACUACCACAUCCAGACCGAGGACUACUAGAACAAAUAAUUUAUUGAACAGGGCAAGACCAAACGCAUUAUUUCCAAGACGAGGUCUAUUUACAACUACCACAACUCCUGCUCCUGAAGAUGAAAAUGCGGACGACAACGAGGAUCUAAUAGAAGAGGGAGAUCCCGAAGAGGAUACUGAUUAUGAUAGCUCUCUAAGAAACACUCAAACAGCACCUCCUCCUACUUCAACCACAGGGAAACCGGUCGUUAGAGGAAGAGGUAUCCAAAUUAAACCAUUCUUCAGAAAAAGAUCCAAAAGAGAUACCUACUCUAGAUUUAGAAGGCCUACAAGCAGAACUACACCAUCAACUAUUGAGGAUAUUCUAGAAGAAGAAACCGAGAAACCUCAAAAAUCAGUAAGAAAUAGAUAUUCUAACAAAAGUAGAACUAAAACAACAAGUUCUACUACUAGUACAACUUCGGCACCAAGAAAAAGAAUUUCACCUAGUAAGGCUUCUAGUCAAGGCAGAACGCAAUUUACUUUGAGAGAAAAUGACAAACGGAGUAGUUUUAAAAGGCCGACAACUGCCCCUACAAGAAGUAGACCCAGUACUUCAAGAACAAAUAACUCGAGAUUUAGAAAUAGUUACCAAACCGAAUCAUCAAGAAAAACAAAUACCAAUAGCAGGCAAAACAGUAGAACAACCACUAACAGAGGAAGGGUUGUUCCGAGACAAAGACCACAGACUGAUUUCGAAAAUGACAAUUACGUUAGUUCGCAAUUUGACGGUAUUAUUACUGUUACUAGACAUAUUCCCACAGAAAUAACAAUACCAGUUGUUAAUGGAAAAGUAACGGAAUAUAAAAAUAUUGUGACAGCAAAAUAUAGCACUGAAAUUAUAAAUCCUAAUCAAUAUUCUACUUCAAUAAACGCUCUAGGAAAGGAUGUAACUGUUUUACUAAGUGAAAAUACUGAUAUUAAUAACGGUGCAACCUUAAUUACACAGUAUAUCUUGAAACAAACACCAACUACUAGUAUUAUUUUUACUCCAACCUACAUUAACAGACGAAAGACUUCUUUCUCUCAUAUUGUACCUAGUACAAUAUACGAAGUUGAAUCUGUAGUUAACACCAUUCAACCAGCAUUAGCCAACCAAGCACCAUUAGCAAACAUAUUACUUUCCCAGCUCCUCUUAGGGGGGGUACAACAACAACCGAAUGCUUUACUUGGCUUACAGCAAAUUCAGCAACCCGGAUUCGUUCCUAUUACUCCUACAACAGAACUCAAAACAAGAACAACUACCUACGUCACAACCGUUACCAGCGAAACAUCUACAGUAAUUCCUUUAACCUUCCGAGGAAAAGAAAUUCUGACUACAAUAAUUGACAGCAGUGUAACUGUUCUUACAGCCACCGAAUUUUUGACAGAUACUAUUACAGUUACACCAACAUUAGGAUAUCAACCUCAACAAUUAAAUACAGCAUUACUUCUUCCACUCUUGCAACAACAAUUGCAACAGCAGCAGCAACAACAACAGCUUUCAAAUACUUUUCAACUAACUCAGCAUUCGGCAAACGUAUUUAAUUUAAACGAAAAGCCAAUUGCUCAAGCCCUAUUUCAAGAACAAGAAGAGAAGUUUAAUUUGGCUGAAGAUGAAACUCAGCAAUUGCAAAAACCAGUUGAGAUAGAAGAAGAAGUAAUAGAAACUUCCAAAAGAAAAAUCUCUAGAAAAGGAAAGAAAAGUAAAUCGAUUGCUUCCGUUCAACCUGUUAAGGAAACUAGUGUUAUAACGCUUUACGUAUCAGGUCGAACACCUGGAGAAUUUACUACAGUUCUUUCAACUGUUGUUGUAGGCGAAGAAAAUAACAGAAGUAAAAGAGAAAUAGAAACCAAAUCGGUGUCACCUUUUCAGCUAAUAACUAGUACUGACCAUAAUAAACUAGAUAAUUUCUUGAUGGCCGGUGUUAAAGAUGUACCACUAGAAACAUCCGAGAUCAUAAGCGAAACGGAAAGCUUAGAAAGCAUAGUUGGUGAUGUCUCAAAAUAUUUUAAGACUCAAACUCCCGAAAUAUCGAGGGUAACAUCCGAUAGACAAAGCCAAAUUAAUGGAUAUAUAACCUUAUCAAAGAGUUCAGAUGAUUUUUUAGCAUAA